UUACACAACUAGCUAAGCCUUCACAUCCAUCCAAAAUAAGAUAGCCAAUAUAUAACGAGACCUAGAAGAUAAAGCUUUUAAAAGCUGAAUGCUAAAACUAGAAAGUAACCAUAGAAACGGAAUCGCCUCUUAGUUAAAUCCCUAAAUGUGUUCUGAAACAGAUGGCGAAAGAAACGUGAAGUCCGCCGUGAAACCAGUUUUUCAAAACUUUUUUUUAAAAUCCUUGCGAUUCUACGAGUCUAAUAUGCUAAAGCACUUCUUCCAUUCAGUCCCGACCUUUUUGAAAGACUCCUCGGAUAGAUCCGGCUACGGAAGGGGAAUAAAGAAGCCCCUGAACGCAGUGCCUUCUGGGUUCCAGAAAGGACGGCCGGGCGGGAGGGAGGCGCCUUCGCACUCUCUUUUAAAGGCUUUUCUGACUGAACGACGGCUGCUGAAGCUGGAUAUCCGGAUUGUAAUUUAUCUUUAAGGAUGUAUACGAGUGCUACCUCUACUUAAAAGACAAGAAUAGCUGCAGCCCAGCUUUCUUUUUUUUAAUCAACGCGCUGUAUUUUUAUGGCGUUGACUAUGCAGUAAGAACCGCGAGGGAUUCAACGGUGCGUUCUUAAACUGCAGGUUUUUUUUCGCGACCUGAAAUUAAUGUUCAGUAAAAAGAAAAUAUGACUGAAUGGCAGAGGAAAACUCCUUUGGAAUGGCUGGCUUUUGUGGAUAAAGAAAUCAAAGUACUGGCUGCCGAGAAACGCCAAUACAAAGGAUGGGUUUUAACAGUUGAUCCAGUUUCUGCCAAUAUUCUUCUGGCAAAUCCCCUUGAGAAUGGAAAAGUGUCUGUUUUAGUUGUUUUAGGACAUGCUGUGCAGGAUAUUGAAAUAGUGACUGAAAGAGAUGAUGAAAUUAAAGAAAAACUUGCACAUCUCUUCAUGGCUGGAAAAAGUCAAACUUAUAAUCAAGAAGAGCUGGACAGAAAGAAAAACUCAUUGAAGAACUGGCUGGAGAAAAACCACAUCCCUGUAAAAGAACAAGGAGAAUCACAACCAACGCUGUGCGUGGCAGGUGUAUUAACCAUUGACCCACCAUAUGGACCAGAAGAUUGCAAUAGCUCUAAUGAAAUAAUUUUGUGUAGAGUUCAAGGAUUGAUUCAAAGCUAUCUUGCACUUCAGCAGUGAGGCAUAUAGAUUUCAUUAUCCUUAAAACAGCAGUUUAAUAAAAAGUAGGAAUGUUUAAUGGUUGAUGCUCAGCCAUUGUUUCCAAAUUUUGUUUUGUAUAUAAAUAGCAAUUGUAGCAGUUGUGCUAGUUAUAUUUUUAUAUUAAAAUCAUUUGACUUUUUUCCCACCAAGUUCCUGCAAAGUUGGUUUUUUCAUACAAUAGUAAAUAUAAGUCACAUUCUUAUUCUCUCCAGUCUCUUAAUUUGAAACCAAAAUAUUAACUUUUCUGAGGAAAAUGGGACAGUAGUAUAAGCAAUAAAAUAUUUUGGACAGUUUUUCUUCCUAUGAAUAUGCAGCCAAUUUCACAAUUGAAAGUACUGUAUAGUAAAUUCUAGAAGUUAAUUUUCUGCACAUACAGGACAGCACAUACAAAAGGACUGUACCAAGUCUUUUUAAGAUACUGAAAAUAGACAUUUUUGUAUGUAAGACUUUUUCAGAUGCAAUAUGACAGUUUUUCUUGACUUUAGUAUUAGUACAUGUAUGUUCCUUUGAAUGAUCACACCAUUGAUUGAAAAUUAAAACAUGCUUUGGUUG